AUGGGUCAGGAGCUGGGUUCUGAGGCCAGCUCGGAGCACGUCAGGGGACAUAAGGCACGACAUACUUUCCCCACUCCCAUGGGGGACCCUGCUCUCAUGGCUCCGACCCUGGGGGGAGGGGAUAUUCCUGAAGCCUUGGACAGAUGCGUCUUCUACUGGGGUGCCUGGAGUGGGGAGGUCCGCGUCCUUCCUGGACCCACCUGCUGUUCUCCUGCUUGGUCACUAGAUGGAGGCAGGCCUCCUCGGUUUUGUGUGGGAACCUGGCUCUCUACUGUCUCAGAGAUGCUGCUGCUGCUGCUGCUGCUGCUGGCCCUGCUCUGGGAGGGGUCCUCAUCCCAGACACUGGAUGUGCAGGCCCAGGUGAGUGUGCAGGAGGGGCUGUGUGUCCAAGUCCCCUGCACCUUCCACCAUCCCUCGCCCAAUUACAGCGGUGCCUUUUAUGGCUACUGGUUCAGAAGAAAGUAUUAUCUUUUCCAAGGGUCUCUUAUGGCCACAAAUGACCCAUCUCAGAUGGUGGAGGAGCAAGCCCGGGGGAGAUUCCAUCUCCUUGGGGAUCCCAUGAUGAACAACUGCUCUCUAAGCAUCACAGACGCCCAGUUCUCAGACAGUGGGAGUUACUUCUUCCAUGUUGAAAAUGGAGAUGAAAAAUACAGUUACAUAUGGAAGCCACUUUAUGUGGAUGUGACAGACUUGAUCCAGAAGCCAGACAUGGAUAUUCCAGAGGUGCUAGAGUCAGGGAAAUCAGUGACUCUGAAGUGCACAUUUUCUUGGGCCUGUGGAGAAAAUAGGCCCUUGAAGUUCUCUUGGAUGGGGGCUGCCAUCUCCUCCCAGUCAGGAAGCUCUGGGGCCUCCCACUCCUCAGAGUUCUCCUUCAUCCCUGGGCACCAGCAUCAUGGGACCAACCUCACCUGUCAAGUGACCUUGCCUGGAGGACAUCUGAGCAGAGAGAGAACCGUUCACCUCAAUGUGUCUUAUGCUGUGCAGAAUGUGACCAUCACCAUCUCCCAGGACAACAGGACAACAGUUUGGGUCCCAGGAAAGAGCUCACCUCUUGUGGUGCAGGAGGGAGGGUCCCUUCACCUGCUCUGUGCUGCCCACAGCAAUCCCCCAGCUACACUGAGCUGGAUGCUGGGGGACCAGACCCUGGCCUCUUCCCAGCCCUCAGAGGAUGGAGUCCUGCCCCUGGAUCUGCCCCACCUGAGACAGGGAGAUGGAGGGAAAUACACCUGCCAUGCCCAGCAUCCUCUGGGCUCCAAGCAGGUCUCCCUGAGCCUCUCUGUGCAGUGUGAGUGUGAGGGGGCUGGAGACCAUGGGGUGCUUUGGUCCUGCAAAGCCAGCCCCUUCUUCCCCUGGUGGGUAGGGGGGUGGUUUGUGGAGGGCAUUGGUUGCAGUGACAACAUUGGGGAGCUUCCCACUUCAUCUGAGCCCUGGGUGAACAGCAGCCUGAGUAGGAAGGUAGAGCACAGCUACAAACUCAGUCCCUACUGUGAGGUGAGGACCCACCAUGGAAAGGACAGUCUCAGGAUCUGGCUAAUGCCAGUCUUCUCUGCCCAGGACAACAGCUCCUGGCCACUGAUGUUCACCCUGCUGAGGGGAGCACUCAUGGGGGCCGGCUUCAUCCUCACCUAUGGCCUGACUUGGCUCUAUUACACCUGCCCUGCUUCUGGCCUUGGACCCAGCCAAGACCUGCCUCCUGCACCUGCCACUCAGGGGCCCCAGUUGUGCCCUCAGGGACCAAGCAAGGCCAGCCUGACCCACCAGCUUCAGGCCCACCCUCCAGUGAUCACUGUCCCUCCUGAAUCCUGGUGCCCAGAAGGGAACACAGUUGUCCAGCUGUGCUGCAUCAGAGCCAGGACAAGGGGACCCCACCCCUUCAGUCCAGGCACAGGCCUCUUUGGAUGCAGGCUGGGACUGAGGGAGCCUGGGGCUGUCAUGUUUCUUAGCUGA